AUGUCUAUAAAUCCAAACUUGCCAGAAAAACCAAAAGAAUCAAGAGUUGGCCGUACUAACCAAAGAUACAAUCCGGAGACCGGAUCUCGGAUGGUUGCCGGAUGUGUCUGUCUCAAUUCAACAAAGGACAAAGUGGUGAUGAUUCUGUCAUCGGUCAACCCAGGAAAGUGGGUCUUACCUAAGGGAGGAAUUGAGCUAGACGAGGGCGAUGACUUUGUUAUCACCGCGGUUAGAGAAACCUGGGAAGAAGCUGGGUGUGAAGGUCCCAUUGUCAAGAAAUUACCAGUUGUUCUUGAUUCCAGAGGAAUGAAGGCACCUAUACUUAAGGAAAAGGACUUUGAUCCUGAAAAAGUGAUACCGAAAUCUGAAUUUCAUUUCUACGAGAUGCAAGUCACAGAAUUGAGUUCAAAAUGGCCCGAAAUGGAUCAAAGACAAAGACGUUGGUGUACUUACUCCGAAGCUAAACACGAGCUUUUAAAGGCAAAGAGACCAGAAUUGGUUCUGGCAUUAGAUCUGUCCGGUAUAAUCAAGGACUAUGAAAAGGAUGAAGAUUUAUACUGA